AUGUCGAACCAACCUGGCAACACGAAUGAUCCCCGAGUGCAAUUCUUAUGUCUCCCAAUGCGCUCACCCCCAAGCCCUCGUGAGCUUCAAAGAUUCUUUUAUUCUAACAACUUUCACUCGAAUGUGAACGAGUCAAGAGAGGUUUCUGGUGAUAAGCUAAAAGUAUUUCCUUGGCUUAUUGUACUUCGACUGGAACCCAAAGAGCUGGGCGGGAAUUAUGAAACCCGAUAUUUCACCAACAAUCCGGAUGGAGAAGCCGAUGAUUUCUGCCAGUUUCGCGAAUGGAAACCUGAAGUUGAUAGCGAAAUAGUACCAGAGAUAUUGCAAUUGAAUGGGCUUUUAUCUUUGGAAAAGGAAUGGGUGUGGGAAUGUAGACAAGUACAUGAGGAUGGAAGGUUGUAUGCAGAGAAUUCCAUCUAUAGAGUGUCUAUGUACAGACGCUCAAGUCCUCUCGAGGAAAGUUAG